AUGGCUUCCCUGGGCGAUCAACAACAUGGCCCAAUUUAUCUCGCGGAUGUAACUUGUGCAGAAAAGAGAAAACGCGAUGAACUAGACACCGAAGACAGAGAAGCCAAGUUUCCAAAAAUUGCCGACAAAGCAGGAGACAUUGGCGAAGUCUGUAAGCAGAUGGAUUCAGAUUAUGAACCAGCAGAAUCUGACCAGAUUGAAGAACUGGAGCGCACGAUUGAAUCAGUGGAGAGACCCCCCCAAUUGAGCCUCGAGGAGAGAGUACAGAAGAAAAGCACUGGACAGAAACCAAAGUCCGGAUGGCCCCUCAAUGCGGAAUCGGGACCAUACAUUUCAGCAAUGGACUUGCGUAGUUCUCCUGUUCUUUCUAAAUUCGGAAAGCAGAAUCCCCCGCAGGAAAGAAUAUGUCCGGAGCCGCUGUUAAACGAGCGACGUCCAAUAGAGCCACAGGACCACCCCGAGGAGGACAAACCAUUUUUCGGAAGCUCUUUUCAUCAUAUGCGGUCGAUAUCAGACGCUGAUGAUAUGGACACCUCAAAAAAAUCUGUUGCUGGUACUACAGCGGAUUCGCAAAUCCAAAUGACGCGUAGGAGGCAGCGCAAGAUCGCAUGGGACGAGAGAAAAAAGUUUCUGAAGCAAGCCAAAGUCCUGAAACGAAUUACUAAGGACUUGGAAACAGUAUCGGAGACAACUAUUUCAAAGGUAGCGGAUACUUCGAGCCAGCUGAUAGAACCUUUAUCAGUAAAGGCGGGCAACACAGCCGAAAAUCAGAUUCUGUGUUCCGAUGGCGAACUCAGACCUCGUGGCGACGAAGACGAGGAGGUGCUCGUUUUCGUGGGUUGGGAACAAGCUGCGCAGAGCAAACUCGGUAAUAACGGCCUCUUCAAUCCGGUUCAGCUUUACAGCAAGUUCUUACAAUUGGAAAUCGACGAUAAUAGGUUUGGAAAUAGAAAUAUGAGAAGCGACGAGGCCGCGAUGCUUGUCUACGUCAUAAUGGGAAUCGGAAGUCCAUGCGCGAUUGCCCAAUUUGGAAAAAUUUCAACGGCUAUGAGAGAGGAGUUGGAAGUGGCUAUGGAAUUUCUUCCAGGACACCAAAGCUACGGCAGAGCUGCGCUGAGGCUGACUCUUGGGCCGGAUGAAGGUCCAUUUAGACCAUUUGCGGAAUCAGUUCUUGCGCUCGAGUUUUAUCGGUUCCUGCAAAACGAGAGGACAUCACAUGGCAAGAUGCUCCCACUCACAGCCAGGGGCUUCGAUUUCACGAAGAUUCAGGAGCUAGAAAUAAACUUGCCGGCAAGGCGUGGCCGAGGUGCCAAUUUGCAAGCACUGCAACGGAUCGGAUAUCGUCUCUCGAAGCUGGCUUCAAUUUACGGCGAUGGCAUCUUGGCAUUGAUACCAUCUUCAGGCUGUUUCGGGGAUUGCCUCAAUGUACUCGCAAAUAUGGAUGAGGCUGCGUUCAAGAUGUUCCAACAACAUAUGGACAAGAAUCGUGACCAAUUCCUCUUGAAAGUAAGCACGCCUCUGGAGCCCUAUGUGCAAGAGGGAAUGUGGGAUACGCUUACCCUUCCGAAGCUGAGGCUGGAGGUCGAGGAGGGAUUUGAUGAGUUGGCUGUGAGAGACAGAUCUGAUCAGUUGGCAUUGAUGUGCUUGCCAUCAUGGGUAUGCAUACAACUUGAUCACGGGCGCGUCUUCAGUCGCAGGAAUACUCUUCAGCCUGCACACUGCACAACAGAAACAGGUCAUGUAUAA